AUGGUUGCAAAGGGCGUCGACAUGGAGGCCCUCUCCCCAAGGGAUGCCAACGCCCAGCGGCUCCCUCGGACUGAGCUGAAGACUAAGGCCGCAGCACAGGUUCUGAAAGCCGCAAAGGACAAGGAACACCCGCCACCACCACCCAACAAUGUCGUCGAACCACCCAGCUCGGACCGGAGGGAAGGCAUGGUGUACGAGGUUGGCAAGGCCUUGGGCAAGGGCGGGUUUGCCAUCUGCUACGAGGGGGCACCAGCUGGAUCCUCCAAAAAGUUUGCGCUCAAGAUUGUCAAAAGCCAGAUGCCAACGAAGAUGGAGCAAAAGUUCCAAACCGAGCUGCAAAUUCACUCCAAAAUGCGACACCAGAAUAUUGUCCAGUUCCACCGCGCCUUCACUUUCGAGCGAUGCACUUACCUGGUCCUGGAACUCUGCCCCAAUGGCUCGCUUAUGGACAUGGUCAAGAGGCGCAAGGGGUUGACGGAACCCGAGGUGCGCUUUUACUCGGUGCAGAUUGCUGGCGCCAUCAAGUACAUGCACGCCAAGGGUAUCAUCCACCGUGACCUGAAAAUGGGCAACAUCUUCCUCGACAAACACAUGAAUGCCAAGAUUGGAGACUUUGGUCUGGCUGCUCUGCUUCUGACAGGCAAGGAUAUGCAGAUUAUGCGCCGGACAACGCUGUGCGGAACACCCAACUACAUCGCACCCGAAAUCUUGGAGAAGGGCAAGAAGGGUCAUGAUCACAUGGUUGAUAUCUGGAGCUUGGGUAUUAUUGUCUUUGCUAUGCUUACUUCGAAGCCGCCUUUCCAGUCCUCGACAACCGACGAGAUUUACCGACGUGCCAAAGAUAGAGAUUACGAAUGGCCUGCGCCAUCUGCCGGGCGCCCAUUCAUCAGCCAGGAAGCUAAGGACCUUGUUGCCACAAUGCUGCAAGAAGCCUCCCAAAGACCAGAUCCAGAUACCAUCGUUGGUCACCCAUUCUUCACCUCUGGCUACAUGCCCAGCUCCUCCGAAAUCACACCGAAACUGAGAGAGAUUCCUCCACAAAGCGCUGCAUUUUACGAGCCUCUUUCCAGCUCCAAGGCGCAAGCCAUCAACCUUCGGACCGUGCAGGAAAUGUGCCAGGAGUGUGGUGUUGGGCCUUGGCAACAGUCACAACUGGUGUUCAAGAACAUCUGGCGGGAGAUGGCAGAAGAGGAACACUACGGGCUGACUCCUGUCAUUCCUCUGGCCGAGGGUAUUGUUUACCGUCCGUUUGACGAGGUCCGGAAUGAGCAGAAACUGCAACGCCUCGCCGCGCAACAAGACCGGGCCACUCAGCAAGCGACAGAAAAACUGUCUCAACUUUCUGUAUCUGACGAUCUUAGUGGCCUUAGCCAGAGCACCCAGUCUCAGAGUCAAAGAGUGCCUUCAGGCCUUUUGCGAGCACCACCACAGAGUUUUGCUGCCCAGCAGAGAGCUCAGCAUAGACCGGCUACCACGGCCGCCCCUGCCCCUGUCCCUCUUGUUCGGUCUCAAACAGUCCCCGAGCCAGUAUCGAGAACAACAACGAGCAGCUUGCGGGCGAGACCUAGGCGAGAGUUGUCUGCACCAGUAUCGUCAACUGCCGAGACCGCUGAAGAGGCACCGAAAAGAACCAGUCGCACCUUGCGCAGUCAACCAACGAGAAGCAGGACCACGGCAGCCUUGCCUGCCGAAGAGGCUGCUCCGCAGACGCGACCAUCGGUAUCCAAGCCAGCCAAACCUCAGGAAGAGAUGCUUUCGCUCUUUGGCCCGACGGAGUGUCAGGAACACGUCCCGGGCACUCAACCUGAUGUUGUCUUGGACCGUCUCCAGAAGUUGCAAGCGGAACUGGAAAGGGCGCUCAAUGCCCGUACCAUGGCUAUCGUCUCCACCAAGGAGCAAACGCCAGCUCCCCCACAGAUUGUGGUCAAGUGGGUUGAUUACACAAACAAGUUUGGCUUGGGCUACAUCCUGAACGAUGGCAGUGUUGGAUGCAUCCUCCGGAGCAUUCCUGCAAACGAGGGUUCCCGAAGCGGUGUUUUGCCUCCCGCUUGUUUGCUGGUUCACGGUGCUGAACGGCAUUGUCAGCGGAAGGAGGACCCGACCUAUAGGGACAGACACCAGAUUGUCCCCAUGAAUGAGGGCAUUUACUUUUACGAAAACAACGGGGAGGAUGGUAUCUCGCGUGUUCGAGUCCCUCCUCAAAACUUUGCCGUAACAGUCAACUCGGAUGGGUCAGUGGGGAGACUCUCAGCCGGUAAAGACAUGUACGACCAUCGGAAGCGGGAGAGGGUGGUCUUGUGGAAAAAGUUUGCCAAUUACAUGAUUGCUUAUGGUCGUGAGAUGGAGAACCCGGAGGAGGCUAACAUCCGCCCUCCUACCAUCACAGACCUGGACGCAGCGCCGAAUGAUGUUGUUACGUUCUAUCAGCGUUUUGGCGAUGUGGGGUGCUGGAUGUUCUGCGAUGGGCACAUGCAGUUUAAUUUCCCCGACCACACCAAGAUUGUCCUUGAUUCAACAGGGACGUGGUGUCAUUUCUGGCAUUUGCCGCAGGAUGCUGCAAAGAGGUUGUAUGAGACGGGAUCUCUGGCCGAGUCAGCGCUGGAUGACCGGUCGGUGUUGUCGUAUCCUGUGCAGACUCUCUUGAACUUUUCGACGGUGCCCAAGCAGCCGGCGCCGAGGGCUGGAACCAGGAGCACUAGCAGCUCGUCGAGGAGACGGCCGGAGAUUAGCCCGGAGAUGCAGGGGAUUCCGGCGGCAAACAUGUUUAGGCAGAAGAUUGAGUUUAUCAGGGAUAUUGUGCGGGAGUGGAGCGGGAACGGGGGGAUUGGGAACAGCGAUAUGACGCGGGAGAGGAGGUUGAGGUGGACGGGGAUGAGGGAGACGAAGAAUGUGCAGAUUCCGGCGAAGCAUGUUUGGGUCAGCAUUGGGGCUAGGUGGGGAGAUCAAAGGUUGUCGGCGUAUGUGGAUCCGAGGAGACCGGAGGAGAUUGGGGAGGAUAUUGACGAGAGUAAGAAGAGGUGA